GUGAACUGAUCUUUUAAUAGAUUUUCUCCAACAAGUGCCAUGAGAUCCUCGUGUGUGGUGUUUAUUGCUUUAAUUUGUGCCGUACAGUGCCAAACGUGGGACAAUGUUAAAGCUACCCAGUCAAAUGCGACGAUGGAGACACGCUUGCUGGAGCAGUUGAGUCGGCUCUCGGAGAUGCUUGACAACAAAAUGGAAUUUCUAAGCAGCCAAAUCGAAGAGCUGAAAGUGGGCAUGAGCGAUGUAGUGCGCAAGCCAAAUGGAGCAUCCAUAAAUGCGUCCACUGCGGAUGGUACAUUGGGUAUCAGAAGUAGCCCUUCGGCUCCAACCGGCUUGGACUCUCAAAGUGUCGCCGAAAUCGAUGCCAAACUCAACACGACACAGAAAUCUCUCGACAAGUUGUCUCAACAACUGCUCAACUUUUCGCUGUGGAGCACCCAGCGAUCGUCCUUGUUGGAGCAGGAAUCCGCCCUGUACUUCAUGCGCCCGGUUCAGACUUAUAAUGCGGUCUCAUUCGUGGUGUCGCGUGACCUGACAGACAACCACGGUUUCGGUGCCAAUUGGAUCGUUUUCCAGCGGCGCUUUAACGGUUCGGUUGGGUUCUAUCGCAACUGGACCGAGUACGAAAACGGAUUCGGUGACCUGCGGGGUGAACAUUGGCUUGGUUUAAGCAAGCUGCACGCGAUCCUGGCGACUCGCCAGCACGAACUGCUCAUCGUGUUGGAGGAUUUCGAGGGUGUGAUCGCGUACGCGCACUACGACGACUUUCAGAUUGGAAAUGCGAGCGAGAAAUAUGCCAUCAAAUCGGUCGGCGUGUACCAAGGGACGGCGGGGGACUCCUUUUCGCAGCACAAGGACGAAAAGUUUUCAACGUACGAUCAGGAUAACGAUAAACACACCACCAGCUGCGCUGACUGGGCCCGUGGAGCGUGGUGGUUUUACAAGUGUUUUCGAAGCCAUUUGAAUGGGGAAUAUUUGACGGGGAAGCAACCUAAUCAACACGGCAUCGCGUGGGUCACGUUCCGAGACUCGUACUAUUCGCUGAAGAAGACGAAAAUGAUGGUUCGACCACUUCCUUGACGACGCG